AUGAAACCUCUUUGUUGUUGUUUGGUUUUGAUAUUGCUUGUAUGAAUAAGUGAAAGAGGAAUCGACUAGAAACUAAAAGUACCAUUAAGCUAAAAUGGCUUUGGAUCAGGCCCAUUCGGAUAAGGAGAAAAGGGAAAUAGAGAGUGCUCGAGAAAUGUUUCAAAUUUUGAUGGAAAUUGCCACCCUUUUGGACACUGACUUGGAUGCUCAAAGUUUGACCUAUUGUAUUCGGUUGUGCGAAAGUGGUGUCAAUCCGGAUGCUCUUGCUCAAGUUUUUGUCUCUAUAAAGAAUAUGGUGAGCGGUUACAACCAGGAGAAAUGACGAACAAUACCCAGGGCCAGGCCUCCCAGGCGGUUCUAGCUCUAACUCAACUCAAUCCAACAAUAAUUGUCAUUUGCUCACAAUGUUGGUUAUUGUUCAAUAUUUGAGUGGUUGUACUAACAUAUUCUAUUCAUGAUCAGUUAAGACAUGUUAUUACGAGAAAAGAACUAAUGUGAUUCAACAUACAAUAAGUACAUGAAAAUAAUACUAAUCGUUCUUUAAGAUUGAUAUUUAUGCACGAUUAUAAUAUAUUAAUGUAUAUUCUCUAAAUGAGCUAAUCAAAUUGAACAAUGUUUUUAUCGUAACCUGUAAUAUUUGUGAUUGUUAAAUGCCAUGUAUCAUGCCAUUCUUAGUGCUUAAACUGUUAUACUCAAUAUUUUACCUACAUCAUAGUUUCUGUGAUAUUUGAAAUUGUUAAUUUUAGAGGUUGUGUAUUUUAAAAUAAAUAAUAGUUAAAAACAAAAUUUUCCCCUAAUCUUCAUUCAUGCAAAAUAGUUGUUUGUUUUUUGAGUAAACC